AUGGCCGCUGCUUUCGACGACGAGGACCUCUCUGUCUCACUCCCACCCCUCAACAAUUCCGAUCGCUCUCGUGACCGUACCGCCGGGACUGAGCCUCCUUCCAAUUCCAACAUUCCCGCCAUGGCGAUGCCUCCGCCAUCCCGCCCGAUCGGAAAGGGCGGCGAGCCUCCGAUGCAGUCACCAGCAACCACCCGGGACAUGCAGCGCCUCGACCAGUACCAGACGGUGAAGAUAUUGGGGGAGGGUUCCUUUGGCAAGGUGAAAUUGGCCAUUCAUCAGCCCAGUGGCCGCCAGGUCGCUCUUAAGAUCAUCUCCCGUCGCAAACUGCUGUCUCGUGACAUGGUUGGCCGUGUUGAACGUGAGAUUCAAUACCUCCAACUGCUGCGGCACCCUCACAUCAUCAAAUUGUACACCGUCAUUGCCACCAAAACCGACAUCGUCAUGGUGUUGGAAUAUGCCGAACGGGAACUUUUUGAUUAUCUAGUCAAGAGGGGUCGCUGUAAUGAUGCUGAAGCCCGCAAGUUCUUCCAGCAGAUCAUAUGUGCUGUCGAGUACUGCCAUCGCCAUAAAAUCGUACAUCGUGACCUCAAACCGGAGAAUCUUCUGAUCGAUAGCGAGAAGAAUGUGAAAAUUGCAGAUUUUGGUCUGAGCAACAUUAUGACGGACGGAAACUUUCUCAAAACCAGCUGCGGAAGUCCCAAUUAUGCAGCGCCAGAGGUUAUCUCCGGGAAGCUAUAUGCGGGGCCGGAGGUAGAUGUAUGGAGCUGUGGUGUCAUUCUCUACGUGCUGUUGGUAGGAAGACUUCCAUUCGACGACGACUAUAUACCGGCCCUUUUCAAGAAAAUCGCCGCGGGCAACUUUCAUAUGCCUGGCUAUAUAUCCCCCGGAGCUGCUCGGUUAAUUAGGUCAAUGCUGCAGGUACAUCCUGUUCAUAGACUGACUAUCCCUGAGAUCCGCCAAGACCCCUGGUUCCUUCAAGACCUACCCAAAUACCUACAGCCGCCGCCCGAAGAAUUCAUUGCUACAGGGGUGGAUCCAAACAAGGCCAUUGAUCCACGCAAGCUGGUUCCGGGAAAGCCCCUGUCAGUGCAGCACAAAAUCCAUCAAGUAGCCAUUUCCAAGCUGGAGAGAAGUAUGGGUUAUGCUCGCGACGAUAUCGAGGAUGCGCUCAAGAACCCGGAACCUAGCGCCAUUAAGGAUGCUUUCUUCAUCAUCAUGGAGAAUGAGAUGAUGCAGACAAAUUCGCCAACGGACGAUAAUAUGUUGGUACCCCCAGUGACACCCUCGCCGCCUCCCGAUAGGAUACCUAAGCCUACUGCAACGACUGGACGAGCAACUCCUGUUCCUGCUCCGGGAACCCCACCUGGUCCUCCAACCAGGAUACGAAGUGGUUCGCAGCGCCAAACCUAUCAACCACCUCAGCAGAGCGACUCCGACGAUUUAAACGCACCUCGCGUGAGCCAUGUUCGAAUUCUACCGACGAGUUUACCUUAUGUUCACGACCAACUCAUGGAACAACGCGAGCGCGAACGCGAACGCGAACGCGAGCAAAGAAACCAGGCCGCCGAUCGGUUAUCGGAUGAGCAAGCACAACGUGGACCAGAAUCUGAAGGGGACUCGCGCCGUGGUGGCCGCUCCCCGGAGGAGCAAGAGGCGACCGCAAGGGCUCUGAAGCCGCAUUCUCGUAGUAUUAUAGACCUUGAGAAGUUGCGUUUGGAGCCGCCUGAAGGUCGGAGUGCCCCACAUCAACCCAAGAAGUCUCGCAAAUGGCAAUUUGGCAUUCGUUCGCGCAAUCAGCCUUACGAGGCAAUGCUCUACCUUUACAAGGCGAUUGAAGCACAAGGCGGGAUAUGGGAAAUCCAGCCAGCUGGUGCAGCCGACGCAGGACAGCCGCCACCGCUGCAGAGCAAGUAUCCUGACCUACCAUCUGACUACUACAUCCCGAAAGAACCGUGGUUCAUACGAGCCCGCCUUUUGAAAGAAGGCGUCAGAGCUCCAGGCCCGUCGACCAGCGUCCACAGCAGUCGGAGUGAUCUAGAGGAACUUCGCCGCCGCGUGAACCUCUCAAGUGCGCCGGCUUCUUUGGAUGACAGGAAUUUAACCCCGGAGCAUGCGAGCAUGUCGGGUCCUUCAUCUGCGACGCAGCAUCAUUCCAUCUCGCGCAUCUCUUAUGGAGUAUGGGUGUUCGUCGACAUCCAACUGUACCAGCUUGAAGAGAACAAUUACAUGGUCGAUUUCAAGUGCGACGGAUAUCAGAAUGUGAUCCGCGGCGAAGGGGAUGCCGAUUGGCAUCCCAUCAGCAAGCGGUUCUGGAACAAGGAGAAAGAGGUUACUAGUCCCUAUCCGUUCCUUGACGUGGCAUCGGAUUUGGUGGCCCAGCUUGCGGUUGCCAGCUGA